AUUGCAGGUUCCAGGAACGAGCAUGCGUUUAGUGUUCCCUGGAUGUUUGUGUGGGGUGGUGUUACUCAAAGACUCAACAGUAUCACGUGUGAUAUAAGUUUCGAGAGUGUUAUCAUUGUGCUUCAUUUUCAUCAGCAAUUGAGCUACCCGUCUCCAGUUGAAUAUUGGAUGAUUGAGGACUCUCUACAGUCUACACAUUUAAUCCUGGAAAGCCACGAGGAAACCACUGGAAAAUGGAUGGAUCGCCCUCUUCACUGUACGAAGAAAGUUUGAAAAGUGUUUCGGCUCAAGUGGAGCGACCGGCGGAAUUGAAUGUUCCGAUUUCGUCAUCCACCGUUUCGAGUCGCGUGCUAAAGUUCGGAGUCGACAGAAUUCUGUCCGAUGAUAUUCGCAGUGACACGAAUUCGCAACUGGUUACAACUGCUGAACUAGCACAAGACCACAUUGCUAACAGCCUUCACCAUUUCUACAUUUCCAAUGACACAGUGACACCUAGGAGCAGCCUACAGCAUCUGUCACCAGCCAGUGCUCUGCCCUCGACCACUGGGUCACCACCCUGCUCGAGUUGUGUCAGCUCCAUGCUGAGAUGCUGCAGCCUUCACAUGCCAGAGCUGGCCCACUACAGGCCAACCAUCUACACGGCUCGCUACUGCUCCUUGCUACACAACCCCAAACCAGUCAGGCCUUACACCAACUUGAUUUUUGAGAGUGAAUUCCCAAGCGGCAACCUGUGUAUAAGUGGGAACAACAGCAGUAACACAACAGUUGGCAGUUCAGCAAACGGCAUGAGCAAGCGGAAACGAAGUUGGUCUAGAGCGGUCUUCUCGAAUCUGCAGAGGAAAGGCCUCGAAAAGCGGUUUCAAAUACAAAAGUAUAUCACGAAACCAGAUCGACGUCAGUUGGCUGCUACUUUGGGACUCACUGAUGCUCAGGUGAAAGUGUGGUUUCAAAACAGAAGAAUGAAAUGGCGUCACAGCAAAGAGCUGAAAUACCACAACCAGUGUGGCAACUCAAGCAUAGCCAAACUCACACCAACAACCGAUGUCUCCAAGUGACUUCUUCAAAAUAUCAAUAUUUCUGUAAAUAUUCUACUAAUAUAAUACGAAAAUACUCGUAA